GAAGAGUAAUUAAUCCCUUCACAAGCUCUAAACAAAUUAGCUCUCCAGCUUAGCUCAACAAGCCAUCGAGUCAAACUAGCUCACGAGCUUAUCAACCUGAGCAUGGUCUAGCUCAAGUUUGGCUCGUUUACGCGAGCCGACUUGUUAAAUAACGAGCCGAGUGUCGAACGAAUUUUUCCGAUUCGAAUGUCAAAAUUGCUCGCGAGUGUGAUUGGGUGAUUGGGUGCAUCACAUUUUUUAGGGUGCAGUCAGCAGGGUGGAGAAAACUUAUGUCAAAUAAAUAAACGGGCUUGCCUGAAUGGACUAAUUUAUGGGCUUAAAGUGCAUUAGCAUAUUGGGCCUGACUUUGGAUCCGAUAUCCAGAAACAUUGUCACCUUUUUUUGCCCGUCAAAGCUCUGUACAAAUUGCUCUUUACAGCCGUGUUUUUGUCAGAGAGCAACCCACGUUGGAGUGCUUUUUGGACACUCCCCCAUUUUCGCCAAUGCCACUCCUUUGCAAAACGCCGUCGUUGGAAGAUGAUCUACGGCCAAAACGAGAGUGCUCCACCAAAAAGUGGAAAAGCAAAGAGGGCUGCGAUAUCAGUGUAUCACACUGCUCUGCGGCAGGAUGACUGCCUUUUCUUCUUCAUCGCACAUCUCUCUCCCGUCUCCCCUAUCGCUUGCUCUAGGGAUUGCAGAGUAGAACCUGCGGACUCAGCCCGAUCCGAGUGAACUCGCUCCGCCAUGGAUUGAUCCUCUCAGCUGUCGAGUUUCCCCCCCAGUUUGCGUUGACUUCUCUUUCUGCAGCGUUUCUUAGCUCGAGCUGGUGAGGUGAGUUGCUUUGCUAACCUGAACUCAUUUCUUCCGAGUUUUCUCUAACUCUAUUUCUCCAGAUCGGGCUGUUAAAUACCUCGGUAAUUUGCGCCAUUUUUGCUGGAAUUUCCCGCUAAUUCGCUACUGUUGGUUGGAGGUGAUUUUUUUUUAGUAAAAUGGUUGGUUUUCGCCUUUUCGGGAGGAUGUCCCUGUAGUGUUGAGUUGCAGCUUCUGUGAGAUUGUCUUUUUUCCGUUUGUUGUUUCCGCUUCAUUUCGGUGAUUCUUAUGAAGUGGCUUAGUAUAACUCUUAGCGGGUAUCUUUCACUUGUUUUGCUUCAUUGCUUGGCAGUGUCCCCGAUCUGUGCGUUAUUCAUGCUUUGUUGUAACCAAUCUAGGGGAUGAGAAUUAGAUAUGAACACUUGCACUGUGAAUUAAUUUGGUGGGUUCACUUACCUUUGGCUUGUUUGUUUUAUCCUCUUCAUGAUCUCUAGGUUCUCAGCUAAUGGAAGAUACUCAACCAGUUGGAACACUCAUGGAUUCUACCUCUUGCAAGAUACAGCAGCUCCAAAAGGCAUUUGCUGAGCUGGAAAGCCAUCGAGCUGUGACUCUCAACAUGAAGUGGAAAGAGCUCGAGGAGCAUUUUCAUGGGCUUGAGAGAUCCUUGAAAAGGCGAUUUCAUGAGUUGGAAGAUCAAGAAAAGGAGUACGAGACCAAGACAAGACAAGCACAGGAAGCUCUGGAGAAGCGGGAAGCUGCUGUUAAAGCCAAGGAACAGGCUUCAUUGGGGAGGCUCCAGGAGAAGAGAGAUGCUGCUAUGUUCGCUAUCACUAGUUCUUUAGAUAAGCACCGGAAAGUAUCUCCUGGGGAACCUGUUAUUGAAGCCAGUGAAGACCUGUGUGAAUCCCCUCUUCAUGACCAGCCAUCUGAUACAAUGCCUUCUGAGAGUAACUUGGGUGAAAUUGUCAACCCGGGUGAGGACGAAGAUUGUGAGGCAGUGUCUUAUCCUCAGCUAUUCAAACUAUGUGAAGAGAUGGAUGCUGAUGGGCUGCAUAAGUUUAUAUCUGACAAUCGUAAGAACCUUGCUAUUCUGAGGGAGGAGAUUCCACUUGCUUUGAAAGCUGCAGUUGACCCUGCUCAGUUGGUUUUGAACUCUUUGGAAAACUUUUAUCCCUUGGAAGACCUUCCUAUUGAUGGGAAAAAAGAUUCAAUAUUACUGGGUGUUCGCCGAACUUGUAUUAUGUUGAUGGAAUGCCUCAGCAUUUUGCUCAUGUAUACUGAUCUAGUUUCUGUAUCCGAGCUAAUCUCGGAUGAGGUCAAAGAUCGAGCAAAGGCGAUUACUGAGAUUUGGAAACCUAAGUUGGAAGCUCUGGAUUUGGAUGCAAGCAAUGGGAACUCCUUGGAGGCACAUGCAUUUCUGCAACUUCUGGCAACCUUUGGCAUUGCUUCUGAUUUUGAUGUGGAAGAGCUCUCUAGGCUUGUUCCAAUGGUCUCUCGUCGUCGGCAAGCAGCUGAGCUCUGUCGAUUUCUUGGACUGUCUGACAAAAUGCCAGGUGUGAUCGAAGUUCUGGUAAACAGUGGGAGACAAAUUGAUUCAGUGAAUUUGGCAUUUGCUUUCGAGUUAACCGAUCAGUUCUUACCUGUUCCUCUACUUAAGUCUUACUUGAAGGACGCAAAAAGGUCUUCUCCACCAGCUAAACCUGGGAAUGCAGCUAGCCCUGUGCAGAAUGAGGUGAACGACCGCGAGCUCGCUGCCCUCAAGGCUGUUAUCAAGUGCAUCGAAGAGCACAAGCUCAAGGAGCAGUAUCCCCUGGAGCCACUUCAGAAGCGCCUCCUUCAGUUGGAGAAGGCAAAAGCAGAGAAGAAACGGGGAACAGAAGUUCCAAAGCCGCAAUCCAAGAGGCCACGUGCUAAUGGUGUUGGUUGUGGUGGUGCUCCCCACGUCACCACUGCCAGUAACGUCGUCCCCGACAGGCAGUUCUAUCCCCCAAGAGUUCCUGAUCGAUAUCCGCAGUACACUUAUGUCUACCAAGCACCUGCCGACAACCACCCUAUGGCACCACAGCUGAUCCCUUCUGCACCUUACAGCUUUAGUCCGUCUCAUGGCAACUACUUCGGAAAUGGGUAUCAGUACCAGACCACAUAUCUUCACUAAUCGGGUAUUAAAAAAAUGAUGCCGAAAAAAAAAAAAGGUGACUCUGAAACCUCUUGUUUAACUGUUAGCCUUAACCCUUAAGCUAUUUGUUGUUUUUUCUUGUUGUUGUAAUAUUGAGCUUAGAAUCUGAAUCAAGAGCCAUCGUGAAAAAAGAAGAAAAAAGAUGGAAGAAGAAGAAGCAAAACUCUACUCAUGUUAAUGUUUUUAAUCUACUGUACCAGUGAUAACUUGAUGAUACUCUAAUAUAUGCACUUUGUUUCCUGUGUAUGUUAGUACCUACCUCUGUUCUGUUGCCUGGUUGGAUAGGUUUGACCUUUUGUUUAUCCUAUUUGUCAACUUGUUGAGGUUUUUGAGUCCGUCUGUUACGGACAGAAUCUGAAAUGUUUGAUGCAGGAAGUCGUAAUGGUUUGUACUACUGAUUGGGGUUGUUGUCUCGAGUUAUUUGAUGACGAAAAAUGUAUUGAGUCAUUCAUUCUUUUUUCAUUCUUUUCAUACAUACGAAAGUCUCAAAUGACUACAUUGUGUCAUUUUCAAAUGCUUUUCAUCAUUUUAGGUCAAUUAUUCUAAUUAUGUCCUUGGUCGUGGUGGAGUGUUCUUCAGUCUGGUGGUUUCAGAUUUGAAUCUCAGGGAUGAGACGAUCCUUCUUUCCCCCUUCUUAUUACUUGUCAUCUCAAGUAUUGAGACUUCUGGUAUCUUGCCUUUCGAUCAAGUUUAAUUUCUUUAUCUUUCGCCGGAUAACGGUGGAACUAAACAAAACUGAUACUAGCGU